UCGGAGAUUGUCAUCAACAUGGCGGAUUUUGAUGGUGGUGGUGUUGGUCAAGAAGACGAUGUUACAUUACCUAGAGCUGCUGUGAACAAAUUGAUUAAAGAAAUGAUUCCCAAUGUUCGAGUAUCCAAUGAUGCACGAGAAUUGAUCUUGAACUGUUGUACAGAAUUUAUCCAUCUUGUAUCAUCAGAAGCAAAUGAAGUUUGCAAGCAAAGAGCAAAGAAAACUAUUGCUCCAGAACAUAUUAUUGAUGCUCUGAAGAGUUUGGGUUUCACUUCAUACAUUCAAGAAGUGGAGUCUGUUUAUACAGAUUACAAAAAACAAGCAAUUAAUAAAAGACGAGGCAGUAAUCGGUUGGAAAACUUGGGAAUACCAGAAGAAGAAUUGUUACGGCAACAAGAAGCAUUGUUUGCACAAGCUCGGUUGGAACAAGCUCAGGUCGAACAAGAACAGUUUUUACAAGCUCAAAGUGUAGCAGCACAAACAUCCAGUCAAACAACAUCUAUCCCAAUUUCUGUAUUAACAUCAUCUGUAAACAAUGCUCAGUCUCCCAAUCUACCAACUCCAUGAAUUAUCAUGUAUGUAGUAGAUAUGUAAUAUUUAUAUAAUAAUUUCUAUGUGUUAAAAUGAAUAACUUGAUAUGGGAAUUUAUCAUGUUUUUACACAGUACUUGGUUCAUUCUCUGCUCAGUACAAAAACUGUUGACUUGAGCACAAAAAUGUGCCAUAAAGUCUAUACCAAAACUCAUGCAAAGCAAUGGUUGGUGUGACUUGCUAAUUGAAGAUUUCCUGCUAUUGUUUCUAGCAGUUAGAAAAGCAUCUUGUGUAUGAAAAUGUCUUGCUCAAUGGUAACAGUUAAGUUUGAAGAUGUCAGACAUGCUAGCUGUUAGCCUUAGAAUAUUAUUACACUGAACUAAAUUGAAUAAGAAAUUGUAACAACGUUA